AUGUUGUUCUCAGCCGAUCCAUGGACCUAUCCUUUGGAGAACCUCUGGCCCACAACUUAUCCCAAGUGUGGAGGACUUUACCAAUCGCCUAUUGAUAUAGUUGUUGAUGAGGUAGUCGUAGUUAAAUUCGACGAAUUGGUGUUUGAGAAUAUCGAAGCGGCUUAUCUAAUACAACUCCACAAUAAUGGCCGUUAUAUAACAGGACGUUUAUUGGGACCACUGCCUAAGCCCGCAGUGCGCAUUGGAAAUGGCCCACUAUAUAACCUUGAUCAUUUCCGCAUCCAUUGGCGUUAUAAUGGCGCUCCAUCAUCGGAGAACUUCAUUAAUGGCCAGCACCAUGAUUGUGAAUUCCAUUAUGUGUUCAUCAACGAAAACUAUUUGGACUUCGAUGAGGCCAGCAAUCAUCCUGAUGGUCUGUUAAUCAUUAGUGUCCAAUGCAUUAUAGAUGACACCAUCAUCGAUGUCACAUUAUUGUCAGACCUUGAGUCGGCACUUGAGAAAAUUGUGGGCUUUGGCACCUAUUCAUAUGCUGAAGAGGUUCCCAUUUUUGAUUUCAUUGAGUAUCUAUUGUUACCAUAUUCUGCCUAUACGUACUUUAAAUAUAGGAGUUCUCUGACAACACCACCUUGCGCGGAUGCCGAUAUCAUUCUUUUGAAACAACCAAGACAUAUUCAAAAAUUUGAGUAUGAACUUUUCCUACCUUUGCAGGAUGAAAAUGGUCAACCGAUUUAUACAAAU